UGUCGGUGGGGGAAUUUGUCAAAAACAACCGACUAAUGAGCUGCUGUUCUUAGAAACUUUAGUCUUUUAUAAAGGAAUAAUCUUGUUUUUACAUGUUUAUUAAACUAUUUUAAUGUGUUAUUAGCAGUUUUAGCAGAAUAAGUACUUAGGUGUGUUUAAUUAUUUUUAAAAACAUAUAACAGCUAACAUUAGCUCUCGUAUUUUAUAAAGGACCUGUUACUGCGGUCUGCCCCGCCGUGCAGGCAGGCGGUGAUGUGGCCUGGCUCUAACUGACCUCAGAGCAGCUUUGGAGACAAAUUCCUCAGAGUGUCUGCUUGCCCGUCUGCUGUGAUGAAUCCCAGAACUGAUCCUGCUGAGGACGUACUCCACCAGCAUCCGUGGCGCCCUGUCACCAUCGAUGGCUGCCAGCUCCUGGUGAAGAGCUGGUUUGGAGAGACGGCGUACCGUAUCCUGCUGACUGACAUGCAGUGUGUCUGGGAGGAGAGGAUGGAUGCAGUGGCCAUUGAGAGCCGAGCGCAGGGGCUGAACCGGCGUUUGCGAGCGUCGGUCAGAGCAUUCUUCUCCCACCUGUGUGAGGUGGCUCAGCCUUGCUUGUCAGGAGGUGGCCGAACUGGUGACAAGGCUCAAAUCUCUGUGAGACGGUGGGAGGAUGGAAACAUCACCCUGAGGCUGAAGAGCGAGCUGGCAGGGCUGCCUUUCUACUGGGAGUUCCACUGCAGCCCCGCUCCUGUUGCUCUGGUUUGCGUUCAGCUGGUGCGCCCUCUGUUGGCGAUGAGCCGCCUGCUGCAGAGGCAGGUGGAGCACCUGGAAGAUCUGCUGGUCCGGAAGGACGAAGAGAUUCAGGACUACCGGGAGAAUGGAGCCACGCUCAGCAGAGAGCGCCUGCAGACGGACAUUUUUGACAAGCAACCCUACGCAGAGGACUUCAUUGAAAAGACUCUUCCUCUGCUGUGGUCUGAACCAUCAGACGCUCUGGGCUUCAACGCCGACCUCCAGCAGCUGCACGCCACCAUCGUCGCUUACAGGAGCGCACGAAAGCGCAAGCGGCCCGAAGAGACGGGUGCUGAACAGAACCAGCCUUUGCCAGAACCAUCAGCCCAGACGUUAACUCCAGAUGGAGAUGACCCAACGAGGGACGAGGGAAAUCAAAACUCCAGCAAGCAGGUUGAACCAUCUGAGGCUAGGAGACCUGCAGCACAGACCAAGCAGCCUGCACCCAUCACAACCUGUCCUGUGGAGCGACCCACCUCCAAACCAAAGAAGAAGAAAGUGGGACUGUUCAAAUGACGACGCAGAAACAAAUUUAUUCACUCAGAGCUUCUUAUUAAGUCAAACUUCACCUCUGAUGGAAAGUUUUAGACAAUCAACUGGGUUUUAAUGGUUGUUUAGAUUAAAUUUUCUGAUGUUGCCGAGUUCCAUCAGUGAGCUCAGCUUUUAAACUUUAACCUGCUCAGAUUUUCCAUUUUUACUGUUUUAAGCCAUCAGCUGUCAUGCAGUUUUUACUUUCUGUCAAAUAAACUUGGAUUUAAACUUU